CCGCGCGGAUCUACUCGCCGGGAAGGCGGCGCUGGUGGCUGCUGUUCUCGCUGCGCCCGCUCCCGCGCGCUGCUUUCCCGCCGCGGGUGGGCUCCGCAGCCCCAGGCCUGCCCCGGCCCUCCACCUUGCCUUUGCCGGGACGGCCCGGACAGUGUUGCUUAUCCUGGGGCGCUUCCCUCUCCCACCCGCGACUGCCCCGCGGAGCUGGCGCGGACACCCAACUUUGCCACCUCGCCGGUCGUCUCUGCUGUGUGCGAACCUUGCCACCCACCGGUUGGCCGCGCGCUCGGGGACUCUUUUCCUGGCCCUCAAGCCGGUGCCCCCAUUCUAGAGCGCAGCGAGUGGGGGGCGGCUCUGAGGAAGUGGCAGGGGUGGCUGCAGCUGCUGCCUCCACUUCCCUAGCCAGGUGCUGAAGAGGAUCCUCGGAGCCGCUCUGGCCCCAGGUGCUGGAUGACUGGCACAAGGAGCACGCCCCGCACCUGUGUUGGUGUAUGAGACUUGGGCUGGCGUGCCCACAUGGUGUGGAGUCUGUGUGAUUCAUGACUGAGGAAACCCGGCCUCCACCCUCUCUCUCCUUGGCACUUUCCACACAUGAAGGGAAGAAGAGCUUCUGCUUAGAAGACACGUGCCCAGAGUCAGAGGCCCCUUGCCCACCAUGAAGGGAACCUGUGUUAUAGCAUGGCUGUUCUCAAGCCUGGGGCUGUGGAGACUCGCCCGCCCAGAGGCCCAGGGCGCGCCUCAGUGCCAGAGAACUGAGCACCCGGUCAUCUCCUAUAAAGAAAUUGGCCCCUGGUUACGGGAGUUCAGAGCGAAGAAUGCUGUGGAUUUCUCGCAGUUAACAUUUGACCCAGGACAGAAAGAACUUGUUGUAGGAGCAAGAAACUACCUCUUCAGGUUACAGCUUGAGGAUCUGUCCCUUAUCCAGGCUGUGGAAUGGGAGUGUGAUGAAGCUACCAAGAAGGCCUGUUACAGCAAAGGCAAGUCAAAGGAGGAAUGUCAGAACUACAUCCGGGUGCUUCUGGUGGGUGGUGACCGGUUAUUCACCUGUGGGACCAAUGCAUUCACACCUGUGUGCACCAACCGCUCGUUGAACAACCUGACUGAGAUCCACGAUCAGAUCAGUGGCAUGGCCCGCUGCCCCUACAGUCCCCAGCACAAUUCCACAGCGCUCCUCACAGCUGGCGGAGAGCUCUAUGCUGCGACAGCCAUGGAUUUUCCAGGACGUGAUCCUGCCAUUUACCGAAGCCUGGGCAUUUUACCACCUCUCCGCACGGCACAGUACAACUCCAAAUGGCUCAAUGAACCAAACUUUGUGUCAUCUUAUGACAUUGGAAAUUUUACCUACUUCUUUUUCCGAGAAAAUGCCGUAGAGCAUGACUGUGGGAAAACAGUGUUCUCCAGAGCUGCCCGGGUCUGUAAGAACGAUAUUGGAGGGCGCUUCUUGCUGGAGGAUACCUGGACCACGUUCAUGAAGGCUCGCCUCAACUGCUCCCGUCCUGGGGAAGUCCCCUUUUACUACAACGAAUUGCAGAGCACUUUCUUCCUGCCUGAGCUGGAUUUGAUCUACGGCAUCUUUACCACCAAUGUGAACAGCAUCGCGGCCUCAGCUGUGUGUGUCUUCAACCUGAGCGCCAUUGCACAGGCCUUCGCUGGGCCCUUCAAGUACCAGGAAAACUCACGCUCCGCCUGGCUACCGUAUCCCAACCCAAACCCCAACUUCCAGUGUGGCACCGUGGACCAGGGCCUGUACGUGAACCUGACCGAGAGAAACCUGCAGGAUGCUCAGAAGUUCAUUCUGAUGCAUGAGGUGGUGCAGCCAGUGACCACCAUGCCGUCCUUCAUGGAGGACAACAGCCGCUUUUCCCACGUGGCUGUCGACGUGGUGCAGGGCAGAGAUGCGCUCGUCCACAUCAUCUAUUUGGCCACAGAUCACGGCACCAUUAAGAAAGUGCGGGCACCCGUGAAUCAGACCUCGAGCAGCUGUUUGCUGGAAGAGAUUGAGCUCUUCCCCGAGAGGCGGAGGGAAUCCAUCAGGAGCUUGCAGAUCCUGCACAGCCAGAGCGUCCUGUUCGUGGGCCUGCGGGAGCACGUGGUCAAGAUCCCCCUGAAGAGGUGCCAGUUCUACCGUACACGCAGCACCUGCAUUGGGGCCCAGGACCCUUACUGUGGCUGGGACGUGGUGAUGAAGAAGUGCACGAGCCUGGAGCAGAGCCUGAGCAUGACGCAGUGGGAACAGAGCAUCUCCGCGUGUCCGAUCAGGAAUCUCACCGUGGAUGGAGCCUUCGGCAUGUGGUCUCCGUGGACGCCUUGCACGCACACAGAUGGCAGCGCCGUGGGAUCCUGCCUGUGUCGGACCCGCUCCUGUGACAGCCCAGCCCCACAGUGUGGGGGCUGGCAGUGCGAGGGCCCCAGCAUGGAGAUCGCCAACUGUUCCAGGAAUGGAGGCUGGACUCCUUGGACCUCGUGGUCUCCCUGCAGCACUACCUGUGGGAUCGGCUUCCAGGUGCGGCAACGCUCUUGCAGCAACCCCACUCCCAGGCACGGGGGCCGGGUGUGCGUGGGACAGAACCGCGAGGAAAGAUACUGCAAUGAACAUUUGCUGUGUCCCCCACACAUGUUCUGGACAGGCUGGGGUCCUUGGGAACGGUGCACAGCCCAGUGCGGGGGUGGCAUUCAAGCUCGUCGCAGGACCUGUGAGAAUGGGCCUGACUGUGCAGGCUGCAAUGUGGAGUACCAGCCUUGCAACACCAGCCCGUGUCCUGAGCUGAAGAAGACCACGCCCUGGACCCCCUGGACGCCCGUCAACAUCUCUGACAAUGGUGGCCACUAUGAGCAGCGAUUCCGAUACACGUGCAAAGCCCGCCUGCCCGAUCCAAAUUUGCUGGAAGUGGGAAGACAGAGAAUCGAAAUGCGGUACUGUUCUAGCGACGGCACCAGUGGCUGCUCCACAGAUGGGCUUUCUGGGGAUUUCCUGCGUGCUGGGAGAUACUCUGCCCACACGGUCAAUGGGGCUUGGUCAGCCUGGACAUCAUGGUCACAGUGCAGCCGUGACUGCGGCAGGGGCAUUCGGAACCGGAAGCGUGUUUGCAACAACCCCGAACCCAAGUAUGGGGGGAUGCCUUGCCUCGGCCCAUCCCUGGAAUACCAGGAAUGCAACAUCUUGCCCUGCCCAGUGGAUGGCAUGUGGUCUUGCUGGUCCCCCUGGACAAAAUGCUCAGCAACAUGCGGCGGUGGGCACUAUAUGAGGACCCGCUCAUGCUCCAAUCCAGCCCCGGCCUACGGAGGGGACAUCUGCCUGGGGCUGCACACGGAAGAGGCACUCUGCAACACGCAGCCCUGCCCAGAGAGCUGGUCGGAGUGGUCGGACUGGUCUGAGUGCGAAGCCUCCGGCGUCCAAAUCCGCUCCCGCCAGUGCAUCCUCCCCUUCCCCGUGGGCAGCCAGUGCUCCGGGAACACCACAGAGAGCCAGCCAUGUGUGUUUGACUCUAACUUUAUCCCAGAAGUAUCUGUGGCAAGAUCCAGUAGCGUAGAAGAGAAAAGAUGUGGAGAAUUCAACAUGUUCCACAUGAUUGCCGUGGGGCUGAGUAGCUCCAUCCUCGGCUGCCUCCUCACCCUGCUCAUCUACACCUACUGCCAGCGGUACCAGCAGCAAUCCCACGAUGCGACUGUCAUCCACCCUGUGUCACCUGCCCCUCUCAACACCAGCAUAACCAACCACAUCAACAAACUGGACAAGUACGACUCUGUGGAGGCCAUCAAGGCAUUUAACAAAAACAACUUGAUACUAGAGGAAAGAAACAAAUACUUCAACCCACAUCUCACUGGGAAGACCUACUCUAACGCCUACUUUACAGAUCUCAAUAAUUAUGAUGAUUACUAAUAGUGCUUAUGUUUUUGGCUUCUUGUAAAUCCCCAGUUCUCAAGGCCUGUGCCCCAUGACUGCCCCUGUUUCUGAGGCCUCAGAGUUGAAGUUUGGAUACAUUUCAAGCCACCAGAGUGUCCCAUUGCUGCCAAAAAUACAUGUCUUUAAAAGCAACAAAAAUCGAAAUAUGGUAUCAUGAAAAUCUUGACCAUUGUUGAAUGAGCCAGGGUGUGAAGUUUUUAAUUGUGUUCAUCCUAUUUCUCUGACAAGUCCAUUGGUUUGUUUUUUUGAGCUUUAUUUUAUAAAUGUGCCACCCACAUGGGAAGGAGUGUUUAGAAAUGUGAAUGUCUUCUUUCUUUGGAGCGUAAAUCUUCAUGAUGUUUUAUUUCAAGAAAAUAGGCACUUUCUCUGAGACACCUGCUCCCUCCACAAGAAGUGCUUAGGUCCGUAAUAUUUCAUAAAAUGAAGAAAAAGAACGUGGCCAAACAAUUAUUCACCACGGAUCGCACAUCUUCCAGAUCUGGAUAAAGCUAUUAGAUUCUCAGAACCAACUUGUGUGUUUUCAUCUUGCCUAGGGAAGCCAAGGAAUUCCACCUGGCCCACACCUGCAGAGGUUACAGUAGACUGUGAGGUACCCCACCUCGCUCCUGUUGCAGUUUCUGUGCCAUUGCUGGUAGAGGGAGCGGAGCAGAGGCGCAGGCACAAUGAAGCGUGGACGUGUUCUGCAGGCUGCUGCAAAACUCGCCUUAUUCUGACUUUUGGAUUUCAUGGCAUUUUGGGGAGCUCCUUGCCAUGCUGUUGGCCUGGAAGCCCACUUGUCUGGUCCAUAGUGACAUCCUGAAGAGCCAGUCUGUAAAAUACCCAACGACUUCCUUAGCGUUUGGAUAGACUCCACACCUCCUCUCUCCCUGCAAAAAAAGAAAAGAAAAAAAAAACAAAACAAGUGUGCAUUUAUGAUACCAAUUAGUAAAAGUAUUGAAAGUACUAAAUUAUAACUAAAAGCAACUUUUUUAAUGUUAUAGAAAAUAUUGAAAGAACUGAUAUUAAUGAUAAUAUUUUAUUUUUCAUCUCCCUGAUAUAACCAAUGUGUGGCAAAUAACCCCUAUCAAGAGCAUUAAUCCCAUGCAAAGCUGGCUUUCUGGAGUCCACCGGGUCCAUAUGAAGUGCUACCCCUGGUUUCUGCUAUUGCUUGCUGCCUGCCGGCCAGGGGAGCAGGAGAUGCUCAGCUCUGGUGCCUUUUCUUUUAUUUCAGUGCUGCCUUCCCACCCAUCUGGUACAUCCACCCUAGCUUCUCCCUGCAUGGAGGCAACAGCAUUUCAAGAUGCAUCUUGGAAAGUCAGGAUAGCUGGAAGUAGGGGUUUUUGUGAGCCCAGUGGUCUCAUCACUGAUCAUAGAUAAGCAUUUGCGAGUGUGAUAACACCAUUCACAGAGGCCCCCAGAAAAAAAUGUAUACACGUUGCUUGCAAACAAUUGAUACAUAACAUAUAGCAAUUAAUUGAAUAAUUAUUGAAAAUAAGAACACAGUAGAAAAUGUUCAUCUGAUGCCUCUGAGCACGUGAUAAAGUCCUGGGUAGGCGUGGAAACGUGUUCUCACUGAUAAAUGAAACUUCAGAUCUGUGAAAAAAUAUAUAGUAGGGAUAAUGAGGAACAUAGAAUGUUAUUAGCAUAUGUGCUUUUACCCUUACCCUUGUUUCCAAUUUACAGAAACAAUUUCAGAAAGUGUUAGAAGAAUUCUGUGUUUAAUAGUGAAUAUUGUUGGGUUCAGAAUAUUCUCAUAUACCCAAAUUUACAGAAAUGACACAGUAUUAAAAUGACAGGUGGGCUCUGUAAGUUCUUUUGGAUUGCAAAUAAAUGACAUUCAGGGUCUUUCCAAUGGGCACUUCCUGCUGCCUCUCACGCAUUCCUUAUAUGUAAGAGUAUUCUGUCCAUGUGCACAUGCUCAAAUUCCAUACUCAGUAGAGGAAAUGUAGGCAGAUGGUUCCCUCAUUGUUCCUAGGUUGGAUUUUCAUCGGAUAUUUCAACUCAUCACUUUCUUACAGGGAAAAAAACAUUUUAACUUUGCAGCACAUAGGACAUUUUAGUUAUUUCUUAAUCUUCUCUAUUAUUUUUUAAGCUUAAAGAGACUUCUUUCCCCUGGGAAUAAGGAUUCUAUUUCAUGAAUGUUUCACUGGAAUUUAUGGGAAAUGGCUUCUAAAUGGCAUCUAAGCUGGUCUUUAAGGAGUCUUUUGCAAUGACUUGGGAAAACACCAUCCCUCACCACAGACUCUUUGUGUUCUUAACAAUAUAAACCUUUGAAAUUAGCAUUGCAAAAGAAUCCCACUUUGUUUCCCGCUAUUCAAAGGAAAAUUGUUUCACUUUCUUCCUUUCUCUCUCUUAUUUGACAGAAUGGCAAGUGUUUAGACAAUUUCAGGUAUAUUCUUAGCAUUUUUACUAGCUGUGGAAUAAGUUUUGUUUGUCCAUCACGGUGUAGCUACCGUUCACGUGUACUGUUUCCAUACUUCAUCCUUAUCGGGUGAACCCUCACACCUUGGGCGAUGUCAGUGCGAUCUCUCACCUCUCUUAGCACCUCCUCCUUAAAGCAGUUCUUCCUUAGGCCUGGGCUGCUUGGGAGUCCUGCUGAAAUUUUGUGGUUCACAUUUUAAAUUCCUCAAUAACAUUUUUCAUUCUCUCUUUAUCUUUGUUUUUGUCCUUCAUUCCUUCCUUUGGUUCUUCCUUCCUGCCUUCUUUCCUUCUUUCCUUUCUUCUUUAAUUCUUCCUUUCUUCCCUUUUUUUUUUUUUUUUUUUUUUUUUUUUUUNGUACAAGUGGAACAAAAAACGACAAAUAGUUUUAAGCUACACUUGUUUGAACCUGAUGUAAAAUGACAUUAAUCACUAUUUAAAUCUAAAGUUAUUUCUGAAUACAGUUGAAGAUUGGCUGGUUUUCAUGAGGAAGCUGGCUUUAGUCUUAUGUUUAAAUUCUUUGAAAGUGAUUCCCAGUACUAUUCAGGGCCCUUUCUUGAGGCUAGACUCAUCACCGUCUAAUAUCGAUUUUACAGUGCACUGACAUUUUACAGGAAGGGGAAGGACAGAAUUCCUGCACACUGCACAGCGUGUGUCCUUCCCCAUAGCUCCGGGGUCAUGUGGGUUUGGUGAAACUGGGGGUUUUGUCAGCUCUGAAUGAUGUGGACUCAGUGAAUUCAAAGGAACUCAGGGGGCACUGGGUCAGGCUCCUCUGCAGAGAAGAGCUGCAGUCUCCAGGCUCAUGGCGUUCCUCCAGAACUCUUCAUUCCACUCUGAGCAUAUUUUGUUUCUAUGCUGCUGCCCGUUGUAACUUACAUGAGGCAUCUCAACUUCUUCAUGUUUGUAGGGAUGUUCUCCUAAGCCUGUUCAAGUAGAUUCUCACUAGAAUUAGCAUUCAUAUUGGAG